AUGAUCAUGAGCUCGUAUUUGAUGGACUCUAACUACAUCGAUCCGAAAUUUCCUCCAUGCGAAGAAUAUUCGCAAAAUAGCUACAUCCCUGAACACAGUCCGGAAUAUUACGGCCGGACCAGGGAAUCGGGAUUCCAGCAUCACCACCAGGAGCUGUACCCACCACCGCCUCCGCGUCCUAGCUACCCCGAGCGCCAGUAUAGCUGCACCAGUCUCCAGGGGCCAGGCAAUUCGCGAGCCCACGGGCCGGCCCAGGCGGGCCACCACCACCCUGAGAAAUCACAGCCGCUCUGCGAGCCGGCGCCUCUCUCAGGCGCCUCCGCCUCCCCGUCCCCAGCCCCGCCAGCCUGCAGCCAGCCAGCCCCUGACCAUCCCUCCAGCGCCGCCAGCAAGCAACCCAUAGUCUACCCAUGGAUGAAAAAAAUCCACGUUAGCACGGUGAACCCCAAUUAUAACGGAGGGGAACCCAAGCGCUCGAGGACAGCCUACACCCGGCAGCAAGUCCUGGAAUUAGAGAAAGAGUUUCAUUACAAUCGCUACCUGACCCGAAGGAGAAGGAUCGAGAUCGCCCACUCGCUGUGCCUCUCUGAGAGGCAGAUCAAAAUCUGGUUCCAAAACCGUCGCAUGAAAUGGAAGAAGGACCACCGACUCCCCAACACCAAAGUCAGGUCAGCGCCCCCGGCCGGCGCUGCGCCCAGCACCCUCUCGGCAGCCACCCCGGGCACUUCUGAAGACCACUCCCAGAGCGCCACGCCGCAGGAGCAGCAACGGGCAGAGGACAUUACCAGGUUAUAA